AUAGGUUUGAAAUAGGAAAGUUGGCGCGGCUGCGGGGUCCGGUUCUGGAGACCCGCUGUUGGCUGGUAUCGGUUCGUGUCUUUGUGGGGCAGGUGGUCGGGCUCAGGCCUGCCGGAGAAGGUGGUAAUUGAGCUGGGCUCCGAAACCCGCCUGUCGCGAUUGGGGAAACAUUGUCUUACAAAAUGGUAGAGGACGAACUGGCACUAUUCGAUAAAAGCAUAAAUGAAUUUUGGAAUAAAUUCAGAAGCACUGUCAGUGACACCUCCUGUCAGAUGGUGGGCCUAAGAGAUACCUACAAGGAUUCCAUUAAAGCAUUUGCAGAAAAGCUGUCUGUGAAAUUAAAGGAAGAAGAACGAAUGGUUGAGAUGUUUCUGGAAUAUCAAAAUCUGUACCAUCUCACCUUUCCACAUAGAAGGGAAAAUGUAAGGGCGGGUUCCCAUGAGAUCUGCAGGCAGAAUAAGCUCAUUCAAGAAAAGAAAGAGAAUUUGUUGAAGUUGAUUGCUGAAGUAAAAGACAAAAAGCAGGAAUUGGACGCACUGACCGCAAAUAUCCAGGAUCUUAAGGAAGAAUAUGCUAGGAAGAGGGAAACUAUUUCCACUGCUAACAAAGCUAAUGAAGAGAGGUUGAAAAGGCUACAGAAAUCUGCAGACCUGUAUACAGAUCGACUUGGACUAGAAAUUCGAAAAAUUUAUGGUGAUAAGUUGCAGUUUAUAUUCACUAAUAUUGACCCUAAGCAUCCUGAGAGCCCCUUUAUGUUUUCCCUGAGCCUAAAUGAAGCGAGGGACUAUGAAGUGUCAGAUAGUGCUCCUCAUCUUGAGGGCCUAGCAGAAUUUCAAGAAAAUGUAAGGAAGUCCAACAAUUUCUCGGCUUUUCUUGCCAAUGUUCGGAAAGCUUUUACUGCUAUUGUUUAUAAUUAAUGUAUAAAUAGUAUAUAAAAACCGUUAUCCUAUUGUGUUUCUCUUUUUAAAAAAGGUCUCAUUAUUUGUUGUUUGUCUAUAAUCCGUUUGUAUUUUUGUAACAUUUCUGUGUGCUAUUUCUGUAAAUUAUUUAAAUUAAAAUCUUAGGAAAGA